AUGGCCAGCCAGCCCUAUAACCGCCUGACGCGCCCGCUACCUCGCAGUCAACAAAACCUCACGCCUUCUGUCAACAUCCAUCCGGCGUGCCGCCAAAAUCCUCUCGACUCGCCUCAGCCUGAACCAAACCGUCCCUCCCAACACCGCUCGCUCGCCUUCUCACACGACACGCCGCCAGAAGAAAGAAAAAUCACACGCAGAGCAUCGGCCGCGCCUCUCAUGGGCAACCCGCCGGAAAACGUCGUUUUUUGCACAGAUGACAUCGUCAGCCUGAAAGACGACGAGUUGGUGAUUGGCGUCAUCGACCGCUCCUUUGGCGAUGUUGACACCCAUUCCCCGCGCCCCCAACGAGAUUAUCCUGAUGACAUCGAACGUCACUCAGAUGUUCCCUACGCAGAUUUUGAGCGCUUCAUGCAGACUGGCGUUCCUCCGCGCGGCACCGCACUCGUCACUUGGCAAUCAGUCUUCCGAACGUUGCUGCUCCCCGAGGCCCGCCUGAACCUGCUGGACCGUGCCGUCUAUGUGGGCGAUGUCGUGAAACGAACCUCUCAAGACCAUAUGAGUGGUACUGUCAUUGGGACACAGGUCCUCUGCCGCCUCUUUCCCUCCAUGCUGGCUAAUUUCGAAAAAGUCCAUCCUAGUACCCACGAGCACUUGUUCCUCCACGAUGUUACCGCCCCGGAGAUCAUCAACGUGCACGAGUACAAUGAGGGUGGCAUUGUUGUAUACCAGAACUGGGUCGGUCGUAUAGAGCGUGUCAUUGACGACAUCACCGUUAGGCUUGCCAACAACUCGGUCGUGAUCGUGGACAACCCGGACGAUUUGGAGGGCGCGAGUGAAACGCUGGAGCGCUUAAGUGUCGGUGAUCCGGUCGCGACAAAGAAAGGGAAUCUGAGGAGGGGUCGAUGGAGAUAUGGCGCCUUUGAUCCGAAUGUCAAGCCUGAAGGCUUCGUCGUGGAGACCCGGGCAUUAUGUAUCGAUGUGCGCUGGCUGGCUCGUAAACUGGGCGCACCCAGGCCUACCCAUGGAGAUUUCGACGAUGAUCCAAUCGCGCGCCUAGAUCCAACGGACAUGGAAAGCCCAGACUUCUAUCUCUACGAUGCCUCAGCUUCCGCUGCGGUUGCCCUCCCUUUUUCAGCCGACGGCCAGGGUCGGUCCUAUCAUGUAGCCGAUAUUGCUGUGGGCGACCGUUCGAAGUUCAAGGACCAUGUAGCGGCAGCGACCAAAUACGACGGCUCGCAGAAAUUGGCCAAUGGCCGACAGCAAGGGAAGCUCACACACACUCCACGCACAGAGACGCUGGGUUAUGACGUCAAUUCGUACAUUGUCAUGCAAACCAAUACUACGCUUACUAUUCAGUGGCAAGAUCUCUCCGUCACCCAAGAGCCAAGCCGAUCCAUCAUUCUUGACCCCACUGUGGAGGACGAAGAUGAAGUAUGGCCCGGAGAGAUUGUCUACACGAAGCGACGCAACGACAUGGAUCAUGAAGCGGCGAUGGAGUGGGUCUUCAAACCUGCAAAGGUCGGAAUAGUUCAGACCGUCAAUUCUCGCGAUCGAUUGGCCACUGUUCGGUGGUUUGAAAAGCCCAACAUCCAAUUUUUGGGAGAAGACUUGAUUCCACCUUGUACAACAGGCAAGUUGCAAGAAGGCACUGAAGACGUCAGUCUAUAUGAUAUUGAAACAAAACCGAGCCUGAACCGACGGCGCGGGGACUUUGUACUGGUGCAUCCGGGCGCUAUCAACACCCAGGAGAUCCCCGUCAGUCUGUCAGGUCCCGAUUGGUUCGGUGAGGUUAUCGAUCUCGGACUAGACGGAAGUAUUGCUGUGCGACUUGGUGCGGCGAAACCGGUUGUCGAUGUGCGCAUUCCCGUCGAAUCGGUGACUCUUGCUUAUAGCAGCGACAUGCGCGACGGUUCAUUCGACGGCGUGGAUGGCGAAUCACUCGACGAAGAAGAUGAAGAGUACGACGGCUCCGAUUUCGACUCAGCUUCUUUCAAUGAGAUGUGGAUUGAAUAUGAAGGCAUGGAUGGUGGCAGUUUGGACGGUGGAAACGAGGAAGACUGGUCGACCGAAGACGAGCUUAGUGAUGGCGACACAUCGAUGCCAGAUCUUGAGCCCAUAGAUGGCGCAAGAACGACAAACACCACCCCCGAAACGCAUGCCGAACCAGGAAACAUCACUCAAACUACGACGCCACAUCCAAAUCAAGAUCCAGCUAUCGAUGCCACCGUCAAACACAACGACACCCCUUCAAACCCGCCCGCCGCAUCCGCAUCCGCAUCCUCAUCCGCAUCAGCACCAGCCUCGUUCCUCGUCGCAGACACACCAGUACCCCAAACCCACCACUUCAUUUCCUCCACAAUAACCCCCUCCAACACGUUUAUUCGACGCAUCGUCAAGGAACACAAAAUCCUCCGCACAUCUCUUCCCCCCAACAUCUUCGUCCGAACCUGGGAAACGCGCCUCGAUCUCCUCACUGUUCUCAUAAUUGGCCCCUCAGACACCCCAUACGAACAUGCGCCCUUUUUGAUCGACCUCCACCUUCCUGCUACCUACCCCUCCGAACCUCCUCGCGCCUUCUUCCAUAGUUGGACCCAAGGCAACGGCCCCGUGAACCCAAAUCUCUACCAAGAUGGCAAAAUAUGUCUCUCUCUCCUGGGCACAUGGCACGCCGACGAACGCGGCGAGUCUUGGAAUCCAUCUAAAUCCACACUCCUUCAAGUACUAGUCUCAAUCCUUGGUCUUGUUCUCGUCAAAGAACCGUAUUAUAAUGAAGCAGGCUACGAUGUCCACCGCUCUGCCCCAGAAACAAAACUCAACUCGGCCUUGUACACUGAACGCGCGUAUUUCCGUGCCAGAGGCUUCAUCGCGCAUGCUCUCUCGUACCCAAUCUCGAUAUUCGACGACGAGAUCCAAUGGUUGUACAGAAGUCGUGAUGAGGGCGCGCCGAGGUUGCUCGACCAAGCCAUCGAGGCUGCAGAGGACGUGUUACGGAGAAGUGCUGAUGAUUCUGGCAACGACAGCGAGAGAGAUGGUUUGAGGAGGAUUAGUUUGGGCGCAACGGUUAUGCUGAGUAGACAGGUUGAGCGACUCAAGGCACUCGGUGACGGUUCCUCGGAGGAGGGGGGAACGGCGUAG